UGACUGCUCUGGAUUCAAGAGAGGAAUCCCACUGAGGGAGGCUCUGCAGCAUCUCAGGGGGGUUUUGCUCCUUUGUGGUUGUUUGAGGACGCAAGAGGGUUCUGGCCUCCACACCGUUAUGGGUUAAUACAACGAGCUCAAUGCCUGAGAUGGAAAAUGUUUGCUUGGGAUGACACUGGGAGAAUUUUGCUCAUGUGCCUGUCCCCCAUUUAAUGGGGAGGUGAUAAAUCCUUGCAGUGAAGGGCUUUCAUCUAAGGAAUACAUUCACCCACAUGGUCUGCUGAGAAACACGGGCACACAGAGAAGGGGUUCAAGCAUCCAGGAAGGGGCAGGUUAACGAGGCAAGGAAACCUCUUUUAAUAUCUCCAAAUCCCUGCAAAAUGGCCUUCAGCGAUGUGUGCUGAUUCAUGCAAACACUCAGCACUGCAGGUGGUUAAACUCAUCCAAGCCGCUGCCUGAGUUCAAAAUAAGGGGGAAAGAGGGGGAGCAAACAACACAAGCCAAAAUCCUGGGAUAAUCUGGGCUGAGUGCAAUCGCUCCCUGGACUAAGAACCACAGCGCUGGGUGGGAAUUGGAGCACAAGGGGCAAAGUUGCUGGAAAACCAACUCCCUGAGGGCAAAGCAGAGGCAGGAGGAGCAGGAAAAGGGAGCUGCUCUGCCUAAAGGGGGUGUGAGAAGUGUGAGCAACGGAGGGAAAUCUGGUCAGGACAGCAGGGCUCCGUUUGGGUUAAAGCUCUAAAGACCAGAUGCUCUUUAACUUCAAAAAGGGCAGGAUGGAAGGAGAGCUGGAGGCUGCGCUUCUGUGGCUGUGCUCCUCGCAGACCCGCAGCGGGGGCUCCCAGAGCCGCCCAGGGCUCCCAGAGUCCUCCUGACACCGCUUGGGUCUCAUCCUGGCCGCUACGCUCACUCCGAGACCGAAAGCAAAACAGCCGGAGUGCCUCCGGCCCACGCCCCAGCCAUGGCGGCAGCCAAGGAGCUGGAGGAGGAGGUGAUUUGCUCCAUUUGCCUAGAUUUUUUCUGCUCUCCGGUGAUGCUGGACUGCGGGCAUAAUUUCUGCCAAGACUGCAUCUCCUCGUACUGGGCUGGGGCUGCCGCUCGCUCCUGCCCGCAGUGCCGGGACAGCUUCGCCGGUGGCGUCCUGCGGCCCAACCGCCCACUGGGCAACAUCGCCGAGGGGCUGAGGCGGCUGGGUCCGACGUGGGGUGACGAGGAGCCAAUACAGUCAGAGCUGGAGCGCCUCAGGAGAGAGAAAGGACAACUGGAGAAACAGGAAAGGAGGGAGCGAUGGAUGUGCCAGGACUGUCUGGAAAAAGUGAAGGUGGAGAGGCGGAAGAUUGUGCCUGAAUUUAAGCAGCUGCGACAGUACCUGGAGGAACAAGAAUGCCUGUUGUUGGCUCGGCUGGGAGAGCUGGAGCAGCAGAUUGCAACACGAUUGAAGGACAAUGCUGCUAAAUUCUCCAAGCGGCUCAUUUACCUGGAUGGCCUGAUCAAGGAGAAGGAGCGCCAGCUGCCAGGACUUCAGCCCCCGCAGGACGCUGGUGGUGUUCCGAGCAGGUGUGAGAGGGCAAAAUCCCAGCCAAAGGAGGGGGUGAGCCACGAACUGAAGAAGGAGCCUGGAAGCUGCUCAGAAAACGCUCCUGCGCUAGAGGGGAUGACAAAGAAACCCCAAGAUUCUCUGACAAGUGACGCAGGGGAGGCAGUGAAGGAAUUGCAGGAAAUGUACACAAAAGUGAACAUCACUCUGGAUCCAGACACAGCACAGCCCCGGCUCAUCGUGUCGGAAGAUCAUAGAAGUGUGAUGCAGGGAGCCACAAAGCAGAGCCAGCUCAACAAACCAGAGCAAUUUGACCCAUGGCCUUGUGUGCUGGGCUGUGAGGGAUUUACCUCAGGGAGACCAUGCUGGGAGGUGGAGGUGGGCUACGGGUCAUGCUGGGCUAUGGGGGUGGCCCUGGAGUCAGUGAUGAGGAAGGGACCGCCUGACAUGAGCCCAGAAGGGGGGAUUUGGGCCGUGGGGCAAUAUAAGGGGAACUUCCUGGCUCUCACUUCCCCAUCUCCCACCCCUAUCCUCCACAGCGUGGUCCCCCGGCGCCUACGGAUCUGUCUGGACUAUGCAGGAGGGCAAGUGAUGUUUGUUGAUGUGGACAGUGAGGCUGUCAUUUUUACUUUCCCACGAGCCGUGUUUGCCGGGGAGCGAAUCUACCCCUGGUUCUGGGUGGGUCAUAAGACACAGCUCAAGAUGUGUCUAUAGACCUGAGU